AUGAAAUUUAAUAAUGUAAGAAAAUUAUUGUAUGAUCUUGACGUUACCAAUGAGUUGUAUUUGACAAAAUUAGCCGUCGCUGACCGCCGGCCGGGCAUGAGGCUCCGGCGCGCUCACCCCACACCCCGCAACUCACCCUUUCGAGAAUCCUUGUAUUCACCCCUUUUCCUAACCCUACAUUUACUCUUAGUUCUACCCAUACUCAGUACCCAAAUGGCUCCGAAAGCUACAAACAAAAUAUCGAGUUCCAAAAACUCAGAAUUAAAUCUAAACGAUGGCAUAUAUCUUGAAACGAGAAGUUAUGAAACCCUUCUUAAUAGAUUUAGAAGGAAAAACGAAAUGUAUAUAGAACAGCAUAACGUAACAGACGAUGUGUAUUAUUACACCGAAUCAAUAAGCAAUAAAUCAGAUAAAAUUUUUUUUGACAAUACUGAAAGAUAUUACGAUAAAGACGAGAAAGCUGUUAAAGACGCAUCGUGGAAGAGUAAAGAUGAAUCCAUGGAGAAACUAAAAAUCGACGAUGUGACGCGAUCGAAAAUAUUCCACGACUAUUUCUCAACUGUAAACAAAACUGGAUCACGAACGGGCGAGAUCGACAUUUCAGCACCAAUGAACAAGAACGAAGGCCGGAAUUAUAUUCAUGAAUUGCCUACAAAUAAAUACGAUCGAGGUGACAAUGAAAAACAUUGGAAUGAGACGAGCGACGCUGAUAAUUUAAGAGUUGAAAUGGAAUAUCCGAUACGUGAAGAACGCAAGGAAUCAUUAGACGUCUCCCACGACCUUUCUAAUGUAACUUCGAAAUCAAAAUUCGGAGCCGAGGAUUCCAAAGUGGAUACUCGAAUAGUAUCUAUACUGGGUCUAUUCGAGCUAUCAGUAGGGGAUUCUCCGAGGGCUGAUGGAAUGUCAGAGUUGACAGCUGCGCGUUUGGCAGUGACACAUGUCAAUCAGAAGACGUUGCUCCCUGGAUACAAGUUGCAACUUAUCACAAAUGAUACUAAGUGCGAUCCAGGUGUAGGAGUGGACAGAUUCUUCCACGCCCUCUACACUGAGCGAGAGUCCAAAAUGGCAAUGCUGCUGGGAACCGCAUGCUCAGAAGUUACAGAGAGCAUAGCCAAGAUUGUACCCUAUUGGAAUAUUGUACAAGCAUUCCGUCUGGGUAUGUUUGGUGCGGAGUACGCCUGGCUUGUAGCAGGGGCGCCGCCUCGAGUGAGGGGAGUCGCUCCCUGCUCUCGUUCACAGCUCGCCAAAGCGCUUGAAGGCAUGGUAUCUGUCACUGCACAUAGAGGAAUCGUUGGCGAUGUUCCUUCUUUCUCAGGCCUGAUAUAUAAUAUACCCAUACACUACACCGACCUAUUGGCUACUUUACCACGUUCUCUCACUACCAUUCGUAGCAAAGUCAUUCCGUUCCGUGUUACUUAUUACUCAAGAGGCCGCCCGAAGACUGUAGCUCUCUACACUCACGGAAAACAAAUGAUCUGCCCAGAGUGUGCCAAACCCCGUUGGGCGGGCGGGAUUCCAGCAGCUAGACGCGUUAUGGUCCUUCGAGUGGACUCAGUUUGGGCACCUGCGAGACUCGCCGUAACCGCCUUGUCGGCAGCUGGAGUUGCUUUAGCAUUGGGAUUUCUAGCUUUUAACUUACACUAUAGUAAACGAAGUAACCGAAGUGGAGUUUGCAAGACAAAGCUUCUCCAAGACACACCACUAAUAUCAUUAGUUUGCGCUCUGCUGGUGAUUGAUGGUCUACUUGUCACUUUGUGGGCGACUCUUGAUCCUAUGGAGAGGCAUCUCAAGAACCUGACAGCGGAAAUCAGUGCUACAGAUAGAAGUGUUGUUUAUCAACCGCAGAGCGAAUUAAACACUGUAGAAGAAGAGAGCCACAAAGACAAACGUACACCAAGCAUCAGUGGAGGUCUACCAAUGUUGCUACUCUCUGUUUUACCUCCUGUCAUUCCUCGAGCGAGCUGGCCUUCGGCUGAAGCUUACAGAGGAAGAAACUCCGUCAGUUUCAGCUCACAACCAAAACUAUUCUACAGAAAAUCCCAACAAAUGGAUCUUUACAACAUUUGCUUCAAACGAGAGGAAAACCACGGCCUCCUAAAAAGAUUGAAAAGUUUCUUCGGUAGCCGACCAAGCAGCAGAAAAGCCUCCACCAUGUCCAUAGCUGAUCCAACAGGACAAAGCAUAGCUGCAGCUUUAAAAAUGCACGUUGGAAUGAUCGCUGGCCUCGUCCCAGGGAACAGAAAACACUCAAUAGUUCAUUCGUGCAAUACCCUCAAUGUACCAAGUCUAGAAAUGAGAUUACGCAGAGAAUCAUACGCUAGGAGUGGACCAAUCAUUAGAGUCACAGAUGAUGAACCGUCUUGCUCAUAUUCUCAGAGAAAUAAAUACGUAGCAGAGCCGGAAACACGCGUUAAUUUCGUUCUGCCUACAACGCAUAACCCAACGCAAAAUUCGUUGGAAAAAAUCAAAGGAUCACCACGAUUUCCACACAGAAUAUCACCAUCUGCUUCUAGUAUGUCCACUCUAGAUACUAGACGUAAAACAAGUGCUGAUAGUGUAUUUAACAUGUCGAAUGAACUAUUUGAUGAGAAUAGACGACAUAGUCAUCAGAAUGUUAUAAGAAAUAAUCAGGAUAUGAGUUUGGACAACCGCUGGAGGUCCACAGAAGACACGAGUCCGGGACCCUCAACAAAGCAUUGA